AAAAAAUUCAGACUUGACCGUCUCAAAGCCAAAACCCAACCAAAACCCUGCAUAUUUCCAUUGUUCUGCUAUUCCGAUUCUACUGUUUUGCCAAAUUAUUAUCAGCAAAUAUGAAGAAAGUAGAAGAAGAAGAAAGAGUUGAGGAGGAGGAAGAAGAAGAAGAGCAGAGCUUUGAAGAGUUGGGAGUUGACCCUCGCUUAAUCCGUGCCUUAACCAAAAAAAACAUCGAUAAACCAACCCCUAUUCAGCGUGUUGCUAUUCCUCUAAUCCUCGGAGGCCAAGAUGUGGUUGCUCGAGCUAAGACUGGUUCUGGAAAGACCUUUGCGUAUCUCCUUCCUUUACUUCAGAAGCUCUUUACUCAGUCAUCUUCAACGAAGAAACUUGCUCCCACUGCAUUGAUUCUUGUACCCACAAGGGAAUUGUGUCAACAGGUGGAAACUUGCUGCUUUUAUUUUGGCAAAUUUUAAGCUAGCGUUUGGCCA